AGAUUUAGAACUAGAUAUAGAAUCUUGAUAUAGAAUCUACUAUAUCUAGACUAGAGCUCGUAUGAAUUUACAUGUUUAAUCUUAAAAUUACUAGGCCUAGGCCAAUGUUAUGAUCAUGAACACUUAGUAUGAAGGAGCUCAUUCGGCGCCCUGGAUCCUGCCCAUGCAAUUUCGGAACCAAAGCAAGGGUCUCAACUCUUCAAACAGGGGUUUCUGUUUCCAAUGCAAACUUGACUCUAUUGCUUUCAAGUACAGUCUGGUACUAACCAUUGUUUUCAUGGUAUUAAUUGGUUUCAUAUUUCCAUGAGUAACAUCACAUUGUGGGUUGUAUAACAGACAACUAAGUCAGUACAAAAGUGGCCACCCUCCGACGAAAGUAGAAUUAGAAGUGACUGGUCAAACUGCUGGCUGACCAAAGCCCAAAACUAUUUUCAAUUGUUACACACCGAGGCAAUAGUGAAUAUGUGUAAUCCAUCGAGCUUCUGACGUAAUGGAAACAAAAUGAGGGCAAGAAUUAACUGGUGUGAAUAAAAAUAGGCCGGAAGUCGUAAAGAUUCGAGAAUGAUGAUGCUAUCAAUUUCAAAACUAAUUGUAUCAAUGUUCGUAUGCAAUACUGUAUUGUGUGACUCUUCAAAGCCUUUACUCCUGACACCGAUGUUGUGCCGAGGAGACAUAUCCACUGCAAGAGACUACAGUAGGGUUCAAGACCAAGAUGGCGUCAUACCGACGAGUUAUUCUGGGUUUAUUACAGUUGAUAAACUAAUUGGAAAUCACUUAUUUUUCUGGUUCUUCCCAGCCAUGAACUCUGACCCCAAAGCUCCGCUGAUCAUCUGGCUAAAUGGUGGACCUGGCGUGCCAUCCGAAUUGGGUUUAUUUUAUGAGAACGGACCUUUCAAAUUUAGAGAAACAGAAAAUGGAGAAGUUGGAUAUGAAAGAAAAAACAAUUCUUGGGCCGAGACAUUUUCAAUGUUAUAUAUUGACAAUCCAAUUGGAGUUGGUUUUAGUUACAGUGACAAUGGAGAGGAAGGUUAUAGAACAACACAAGAAGAGUACACUAGAGAUCUCUAUGAGUUCAUUCAACAAUUUUAUGUCAUGUUCCCAGAAUACUUGCAAAGAGAACUUUACAUUGGUGGCCAAUCAUACGCCGGGAAAUAUGUUCCGGCCUUCGCUUACAGAAUACACGAAGAAAUUCAAGUUAACAGAACCAAAAUUCCAUUAACAGGAAUUUAUCUUGGAGGACCUUUAAUUGACCUUGAAGUACAAGGUCCUAUGCAAGCAGACUUAUUUUAUUCAUUAGGCUUUAUUUCUGCUAAACAAAGACAGGACUAUGAGAUUAGUUCUAAAAGGGCCAUUCUUGAAUUUGUUUCUGGACAAAAAAAGUUUGUACCUGAUAAGGAUUUUGAAAAGGUUUCAAUGAACAUGGUUUGUAAUGGGUGUUGGGAUAAUUUACAUAACUUAGAGAAUGUUCCGUAUCAGUCUGUUGGAAAUGUCAUGAGAUCGUUGCGUUUGAAAGUGCAUGCUGGAAGUGUACCAUUUGAAGAAACUAAUUAUUCAGUGCAUGUUAAGUUAGGUUCCGAUUACUUUGUCUCGACCACUGCUAAAUUUACAAAGCUGAUGGACAGCUACAAAGUUCUCGUGUUCGUUGGAAGCGAUGAUGGUGUAAUCAGCUCUCCCUCGGUGGAAGCUCUCUUGACCUCUAUCCCAUGGUCAUUGCAGUCUGAGUAUAACGAUGCUAAAAAAUUGGUAUGGUUUGACCAGGACACAUAUAAAGUUAAAGGCUUCUACACUCAUGUUGGUCAGUUCUGCAGAGUUACCGUCCUAGGAGCCGGACAUCAAGUGCCCCAUGACCAACCAGAAAGCACUUUGUUAAUGAUGACCGAGUUCAUAAAGAAUGGAUGUAUUAGUGGAAAUUAAGUCUUAUUUUAAAUCACCCAUUGUUCAAGUAUUGUUUUCUUUUUACCUUUUAAGAUAAGAAAAACUUUUUAACGAAUGAUGUAUUUAGAAACUCUUCUAAGUCAAUGCAUAAAGUACAUCAGAAUUGGCAACAUAUGUAAAUUAAUAGAUGAUAGUAACAUCCAUUCUGUCAGAAAUAAUACUUUAAAUCGAACUUAAUCUUUACUAAUGUGUUCUCUUCUUUUAUUUGCCAAUGGACCUCAUUCACCAAUCUAAAACAAACAACUUUUAGCUACGUUGUUCUCUAUCUCUUCUAUACAUAUUACGUGAUCUUUAAAUAAAGGCUGUCACGUGAUACGCUUUUUUCAUUGUUUUAUCAAUAUAAUCACGUGGCUAAAUGUUGUUUGUUUACGAUUGGUGAUCAAGGUCCACUGCCAUUAAGUGAAAUCAAAGUGAAAAUCAUGUAAUAAAAUCAAUGUUUUUACCA